AUGAGUUACUACGGGAUCGGUGAACUUCAGUACUACAUAAAAAAGACGGAUGAAAAUCUCAGAAAGGCAAUACAGCUACUUUUGGCCCUGGAGCAAAAGUUAGGAGGAUCUACGGGUGAACUCGAUGCUUAUCGCAAAACCCUGAAGGAUAUCCGGUGUGAUAUAGUCGACGCACAACGAGAUAUGCGCGACCGAGAAUGAAUUAGUGCGAACAAAGUUGUAGGAAAUAUUGACA